AUGGCAAAACACACCAAGAAGGUCAGAAUUGUCAGUAAAUAUGGGACCCAUUAUGGCAUCUCCCUCAGGAAAAUGGUGAAGAAAAUUGAAAUCAGCCAGCACACCGAGGACACUUGCUCCUUCUGUGGCAAAACCAAAAUGAAAAGAAGAGCUGCGGGGAUUUGGCAGUGUGGUUCCUGCAUGAAAACAGUAGUUCAUGGUGCCUGGACCUGCAAAACCACAUCUGCAGGCACAGUAAAGUCUGCUAUCAGGAGACUGAAGGAAUCAAAAGACCAGUAG